UCUGAGGGGAGUCUUGUUGCAGAGCCAGACGCGGGGAGGGAGGGACUCGAACUCCCAAAAAGCAUCAGUCCGAGUUGUUGCAAAACGUCCGAUCUGCAGCCUGGAACUUCGAAAACACGUUUAAAAAUUGAAGUGAGGGUGGAUACCAGGACCAUGGCGGAAGAAGCAUCAGUUGUGGAGGAGGGUCUCCCCCCCUCUCAGACCCCGCUGGUGUCAUUCAGCUUCGAGAGGAACGUCAACUGGAAACAGAAGUACCUGGAGGCUGAGCCCAAAGCUCUGGGGAUCACUCAGAUCGGCCUCAGUCUGUUUCAGAUCAUCAGCUCGGUGGUGUUCAGAUCCAAAGGCCUGAUUUUUGAUUUCCCUGGUGACAUACCGGUCAUCAUCUUAUCUCUACUGGUGUUAAUAGCUGGGAGUUUGACCGUAGCAGCACAGAACCUGCAUCUCCCAACGCUGAGGGCGUGUUUGGGGAUGCAGAUCGUGGCUGUCCCCGCCUCCAUCGCCAACAUGAUCUUCGCUCUGGUUAAAAUGAAUGAUAUCCCCUACUUCUGCUGGCACUACUACUACUAUGACCAGAACUCCACCUCACUAGGAGAGCAAUGCCAUAACAUAGAGAGCACGAUUUCACACUUCUCUUCCGAGUGUGUGGUCAUUAACGUUGCCCUGGUGACCAUCUCCAUCACUGUGGCCGCCUACUGCUGCAAGGUGACCAACUGCUGCUCGCCAGCCCCCAAAAUGCCGGUGAUCACGGUGCAGGCCCCCCCCGCCCAGCUGUGAGGGGCAAACAGAUGUUCAGCUACACACAAAUGCUACAUAAAAUGUAAAAGUGCACUAAUCAACAUUUUUGUAUAACCAAUGUAUCAAAUAACUAUGUGAAAUGUGAAAGGGGUUUGUUUGAGCAGCUUAUGAGACAGUUAUGUUUAAAGACUUGGUGAGACCAGACCAGAGCUAAAAGGAGAGCAGAACUCCAGCUGGACACAAACAACAACUGUUGAUCUGUGUCUGAUGGAUGUGUUCUUCCAUCAUUGUCAUAGCAACUAUAUAACCCGAUAAAAUGUAAAAGAAAAUUUGUUCACAGCUUGGAAAAAAAAUAAUGAAUGCAUCUUGAAAAAUGUACUUUUUAAAGUAUUAAAUUACAUUAUCACGCUUC